AUGCGUCGGUUUGGCACUGAAAUAAGUGGCAAUCGAAGACCAGGGGGUGAGCUUUCAUCUGAGGCCCGCGCAGCUAUUAUAUACGCUCAUGAAUGUGGUGUAUCGCCUACUAAAAUGGCUGCUGAGUUCAACGUCGCACGCUCAACAAUAUACUCUACAAUCAAACGAUUCCGAGAGCACCAAACGCUCAAAUCACUGCCUCGUUCAGGUGCCCCUAAAGUCUAUAGGUAUUCAACUAUCAAAUAUACCUGUUUACUUGCACGCCGUGAGCCUUGGCUAAGCCUUAGUGAGCUGAGCGCCCGUAUACCCAGUCAUCCAUCUCGAUCAACAAUCAAGCGAUUCCUACGUUCAAAAUUCCUCCAGCGCUAUCGAGCAAGACGUUGUAUCCCAAUUUCGAGGGAGAACGCCCGCAAACGAGUCCAAUUUUGCCGAAAUUGGAGGACCGAACGCUACAAUUCCCAACUACAAAGCUUCAUAUUUUCCGACGAAUGCAGCGUUCAACGUAUCCCUAAUUUAAACGGCCAAUAUAUUACCCGGCUUAGAGGAGAAGCUUACCGGCAGGGAAUGGUACAAGUUAAGGUUCAUGUGAAGGAUAUUUGUCAAAUGGUUUGGGCUGGAAUAUGGCUUGGAGGGCGUACAAAACUUGUUAUUAUGGAGCGUGACUUUUCAGAAGGACAGCGAGGUCACGGAGGUGGUUAUACAACAAAAUCCUACCUAAAAGCACUUGAAGAAGGAUUUAUUGAGCACUAUGAACCUGGAACUAUAUUUCAGCAAGAUAACGCUAAAAUCCACCGCUCCUACGUUGCUCAGCGAUGGUUUGAACGUCAUGCUAUACAUGUUAUGGAAUGGCCGCCACGCUCACCAGAUCUUAACCCUAUUGAACCCGUGUGGCGUAUGCUCAAACGUAAAUUAUAUGAGCUGUAUCCUAAUCUACUACAUUGUGGUACAUCUGAGGCAGAUUGGAAGCUAUUUAGGGAGUGUAUAUCGGAGGCCUGGGAUGUGCUAGAUCAAAAUAAAAAUGAUAGUAUAAUUAGAUCGAUGCCUCAGCGUGUAAGCGAGACUCGUAAGGCACGUGGCUACUAUACUCGGUUUUAG